GGACAAAGCCAUUUUGGGCUUGGCAAUCAUGCAAUAAAUUAAUUGUCGAUAUCGUUUUGUCUCCUUGCUAGCAAUCAUCCCCUCCUUCAUUCUUCCCUGGCCCCUCAUCAAGAAUCCGAAUCGGAGAGGAAGGAUUGCAGCGGAGGAGCUCUGAGGGUCAAUGGCUUCAAGAGAGUGGUUCUUCCUUGUUCUUAUUUUUGUUAUUGGCUGGGAAAAUGCUGAUGCUAGAAGUUUUGCCAAAAUUGAAGUUUUGAUAACAGAAAUUGACCUUGAAUUACCUGAAAACCCAAUCAGAGCAUUUACAGAAGUCAAGAGAAAUGAACAAUUGUGCACAGUGUGCGAGAACUUUACUGCACAGGCCAUUCAGUAUCUCAGCAAAAAUAAAACUCAAACUGAGAUAAUUGAGACCCUUCAUCAAGCGUGUUCUGAGUGGAAACCGUUUGAGGAGCAGUGUCUUCUGCUAGUGGACUACUAUUCGGCACUUUUCUUUGCUGAGAUAUCUAAGAUACAUCCAGAGGACUUUUGCACGAAGUUCAAUCUUUGUGAGCAGAUGCUUUCUGUUAGUCUACUAAAAAGUGAAAAUUCUUGCUCCGUUUGUCGCAAUGUCAUGGCCCAAGUACUAGUUAAGCUGAAAGAUCCUGACACACAGUUUGAGGUAAUCAAGAUGCUUCUGAAGGAAUGCAACCAGAUGGAACAAUAUGUCCAACAGUGUAAGAGGCUGGUGCUCCAGUAUGGCCCUUUGAUCCUUGUCAAUGGCGAAAAGUUUCUAGAGGACACAGAUGUUUGCGUUGCCAUUCAUGCAUGCAAGACUGACAAAGCUGAACUCGUCAAUGACGCUGUCUCAGAAGUGCGAUCUCUAGCCGUCUCAAUGUAGCAUGACCAAUGCAGCAGAAAUAAUUGAAAGUUGCACAACUUGUAUCAUACAACUUAUGUAAAGCUUGGAGGCUUGCCCAUCCACAUUGCUAUGUUUGUUGCCCGAUCAACUUUAAUUGCAAACUAUUUGUAUUAUCGACUGCAAGAUCUUGUGCUCGUGUGCCAAGACCAUAUUCUGUAAACUUAUCAAUCAAAAGAUGAGUAUUGUAUAUUUGUAUA